UUUGGUACAUGUUGCUUUUUGCUGUUUGUUUACCUGUGUGUGAUGUUGUUUGAUGUUAGCAGAUGGACAUGUUGAGGUGUUGUGUUUGUUUGAUAGAGAGCUAUAUUUCUGCUCUUUAGGUGCUUCUAGGCCUGACGGAUGAUGAUUUAGAGCUGGGCCUGGGUAUCAGUAAUCCAAUUCAUCGCAGGAAAAUAAGAUUGGCUAUUGAGGAUUACAGGAGAGCUGAAGGGGACCAAGGAUUAUCAAAAGCAUCUGAGAUGGACCAUCACUGGGUUGCAACAUCAUGGCUGAGUGAUGUUGGACUGCCUCAGUACUCCCAGACCUUUCAGUCUCACUUGGUGGACGGACGAGUGCUUAACUCUUUGAACCGCAGAGACCUGGAGAGAUUUCUCAACAUCAGUGACCAGUUCCAUCAGACCAGUCUACUUCUGGGAAUCCAGCUGCUGCAGAUGCUCAGCUUUGAUAAAGAGGCCCUGCAGGCACGGCGGACAAAAUGCGAGCACCAAAACCGGGAUCCCAUUGUUUGGACAUGUCACAGAGUGAUGAAGUGGAUCAGAGACAUUGACCUCAAGGAGUUUGAAGACAAUCUUCAGGGUAAAGGGAUUCAUGGUGCAGUGAUGGCUUUGGAUCAGUCUUUCGACACAGAUGCCAUGGCCAAAGCCCUGGGCAUCCCCAGCAACAAGCACAUGCUUCAUCGGCACCUGUAUGAAGAGAUGAAGUCACUCGCUGUCCCUCUCAGUAAUACCGAGCAGGAGACUGAGGUGAUUGGUUGUUCCUCUCCUGUCGCUGUUAACCGUUUUGCUGAUGAGAGGAUGUCUAUAAGAAGAUCCGGAAAGAGUCCGCUGAGGUUACGAGCAAACAGCCACUCUGUGGAGCGAAGUCUGGGCUUCCACGGCAGCUGCAGCUCUCUGCCCAGAGAGGCCAGAGUUCAGGCGGUUCCCCGAGCCAAAGGCAGCCCGAUGCACACCUACAAGAGUGUCGAAAUCACCAACGUCUGAACCAGCUUCAGCCAUCGAGAUCUUAACCAUUGUUUACAUUUUUGUUGUGUUGCAGUUGUUUACAGCUGAGAGACACUCACACUGAGCCACACUAGAAUUAUAGGAAGAGAAUGUCUUAAAGGGGUAUGCCACUCGAUUUAGUAAUCUGACAUCUUUAGAGAAGCAUUUACUGAAGACAAAUAAACUUUAUCAUUGUGACCUGAUGGACUUGAAAGGAAGAUAACUUAAUAGCUAGGUUCAUUUUUUAUUUUAAUUUAUUUUUAAACUACGUAUUCCAAGACUUUUAUAUAUUAUUGGAAAAAUCAUAUUUGUAUGAUAGAUGAGAAGGCUUAAAACAGGCUUCACACAGUUAUAUAAUUGAAAUUAGUGCUCUUUUAAUGCCUUAUAUUACACUGGUCCAUAUGAUCUUCACAGCACUGUUACUAUUUAUUACUGCUACUUUUUAACAUGUUUGUUUUUUUAAGCUGCAAGUGAAAAACUCUGUUAAUGACAAAAGAAAAGUUGUUAUAACUUACUUUCAGUGUAAAGCUACAGCACAUAUCAGCUGUUAUUCAGAAUAGAUGAGGGCCCUGUUCUUCAUACAUGGCUAACCCAGUUAACCAGACAUGAACACUGGAUUUGUUGACUGGAUGUUUCUAAAAUCACAGAAAGCUGUACAGAACAGAGACAUCUGGAGUGCGAUUAAGGUGAUGGGUUUUUUGGGGGGUUUUUUGCAACUUACAAAGUACAUUUAAAUUACCAAUCAUACGUCAAAGGACUGUAAAUUAGUAUUCAGUUUUAGAGGCAUUCACAGGUGUACUACAAGAGCUUUGAGAUGGUUGAAGACAGCUAUUUUGUUAGGUACACGUUGUUAGGUUCAGCUGCUUAGUAACACAAAUAUUUAAUCGGCCAAUGACAAUCCCAGUGGCUCAGUUCAUUUACAUAGACGAUAGACAUGGUCAAGAGGACCUGCCAAAGCAUCAGAAUGGGGAAGAAAGGUGAUUUCAUUGACUCUGAAUGUGGCGUGAUUGUUGGUGCCGGGCUGGUUUAAAUAUUUCAGAAACUGCUUAUCUGCUGGGAUUUUCCCAGUCAUCCCUAUCUCCACAGUUUACAGAAAAUGGGCCAAAAAAGAGAAAAUAUCAAAUUUGUGGCAGUUUUCUAAGACGAGAAGCCUUGCUCAUGUCCAAGUAGAAUCAAAAAUUGGUUGCAAACCCAAUUUACAACCAAGGCAUGCAGGACAGCAGCCAUGCUGAAGACUGAUUCCAUACUGGGACUUGAACCUGUGUCAGCUUUGUGAAAAAACAGAAAUCCUACAACUGCUAGACCAUACGGGACUUAAAUGAAGAAGAGAGCGAUUAUUUUCACGUGAGAACCCAGAUAGAUAGAUUUUGUUUGAUAUUGUGUGUAAUAAUAAUAGUUUUUGGACAAUAACUUAAGAGAAGAAGCUAAUGAGAUGAUUCUCAAUUCUGCUCUGACAUUCAGAUGGUAGGGUCAGAAUUUAUUAUAAAAAAUAUGAAAGCAUGGAUCCAUCCUGCCUUGUAUCAGUAAUAUCAGUGACGGUGGCGUAAUGGUGCAGGUGCAUAUUUUCUUGCCACACUUUCAGCCUCAGUACCAGCUGAGCAUCAUCUAAACCCCACAGCCUUCCUGAGUAUUGCUGCUGACCAUGUCCAUCCCUUCAUUCAUGUUUAAUAUUUUGUGUUUUGUCUCUGUGAAACUGUUAAACUCCUGAAGAAUGGCAGUAAAAUACAAAACCCAAAGGUUUUUCUCAUCUCUCUAUUUUGAUCUACCUCGUCACCUUCUCCUGAAUCGCCCUGUCAUUGACUCAGAAAUUGAGCAGAAGCCAACUUCAACAAAGUCUUACUUCCUUAAAUGCAUCUGGAGGAGAGAGGAGGCCCAGGCCUGUCCUUUGCAGAAGCCUUUACAAUACUUGUGCCAUUAAAAAAAAAAAAAAAAAGCACGAUGCUUAACUUGUCAUGCAAUGCCACUUUGGUCAUUACCACUGUUACUAUCAUCUGCCAGAGAUCAUGACAUAAAGUGGCAGGCUGUAGAAAAAGAAAAAGAAAACAAUGAACUGACAAUGAAGCUGUGCCACGCAUCGUAUUUAAUUGGGAUCACUGGGAAAUGACAGGUCAGAAUGUUUCCAGUUUUUGUUAAAAGCCUAUUGUCUCAGCUCCUCUCUCUCUGUUAGUGCAAUCACAUGCUCAGCAUUCAGCCAGUAUUAUGCCUCUCCAUAACUUUUCCCUUGAACUUUUAUUUGGGAUUAACAAACCAAUCCUAAAGGAGGCUGAGAGAAUCAGAUUAGAUUGACGAGACUAAACCAGCUUCUUGUAACCUGAAAAAAGUAUUUUAGCCUAAAUUCCUUCAGAUUGAAGAACAGGGCCCUCAAGUGCCAUCAGCUCUAAAUGUGUAAGAUGAUGCUACUAAAAACAAUGACAUGUGAAGUGUGUGUCUUCUUCUGACAGCUGGUAUACCCAUAAUUAGGUUUUUUUUAAUGUAAAAGAUGAUGCAGUCAUGCAGUGUGAUAUGUAGAUAAAUCUGUGGAAUGUUGGAUUAAGAAUGUGGUAAUGUAUAAAGACUCCACAUAUGUGUAUUGUGUGAACUGUGAGGAAGGCAAAACUUUGUGCCAUUAUACUAUGAAGUUAAUGGAACAGUGUAUUCUGUACAGUUUUGGUCGUGUUUUAUAAUGCACAGCUGUUCCUGAGCAUGAGAACACUCAUUAAAUGCCACCGCUGGGACUUGCACAGAGCCACACCGAGUGUGGCUGAAACCUUGAGGUUACUUCAAAUAGCAGAGAACAGGUUUGUCCGUCUCUAUCUGGGCGUCUCGUUGACUCACCAAAGCGAAACUGUUUAAGCGGGAAGAUCAGACCAGUUCAAACCUGUACAGAGAAAGAAGACAGGGACAUGCAAUGUAUUUGCUUUUAACACAUGACAUAUACAUCUCUUUGCAAAGCAGUACAAGCUUUUCAUACAUGUCAACAUGAAAGUGGAUUUAUUGUAAAUUGUUGCAUAAAAUGUAAGACUGUUAUUGUUAUUUUUGAGGAGAAAUGCAUUAAAUUUGUGUUAACAAACUCAGAAUGUAAA